AUGAAAACGUACAGCAGAAAAAAGGGCGAUAGCCCGAGCAACGUAAUAAUUCAUGUGAACGAGCUGUGCCGACUGUGCUUGGCAAAGGAGGAGGAGAUGGUGCCGAUUUACGACGACGAAACUAUCCCUUUAUCUCUGCGAAUAAUGGCUUGCGUUAAUCUCGAGGUUUACGAAGAAGACGGUCUUCCAAACAUGAUUUGUCAUCCCUGUAAGUAUCAGUUGGAGAAAUCCUAUCAGUUUAAGAAGAAAUGCGAAGCUGCGGAUGCUAAACUCCGCAAACACAUGAAACUGAUACAACAGUUGACUGGUCAGAGCGAAGAAGGGGAGAAGCAAGAUAGCAACAGGGAGGAACUAGCGGAUUCAUCCAACAGUGGGAAAUCUAAACAGGUUAAACAACUGUUAGCUGAUCUGGUAUCCACCAAAGGAGACAGUGGACAAGCUGACGGUGACCCAAUUGAAGUAACGGAAGAAGAGCUUGUUGGUGGUUACAUUUUAGGAAUGAACUCGGAGAACUUAGAAAUGGAAGAAACUAUGUCGGAGGACCCAGAAAAUAUCACCUUAGUCCCAGCAGAGGAGCGUGCUGCUAAAGCUCAUUGUACCAUCCGUACAACUCGUAUUAAACAAGAACAAGAAUCUGAGGACGAAGCUGAAGAAGUACAAAGAGCAAUUGCAAAUGCUGAUCACAAGAAUGUUUACGUGAUGGAGCUAACGAGUAACAGUUCUGGUCAAGGAGAAUCCUUGAAAUUGCAACCCAUAACUAAUACCAUAGUCGAGCCUAACCAGGAGUUGAAGGUAUUUCAAUGCGACAAAUGUCCAAAAGCGUUCACUCGAAGAAUAAUGUUGAAGAGUCAUCAGUCUGUUCAUUCUACGCAAAGAGGUUUCACCUGUCAGGCUUGCGAGAAAUGGUUCCCAACUAGGUCCGCAUUGGUGAGACACGAACGUACUCAUACAGGCGAGAAACCGUUCGGUUGUAACAUUUGUCAUCGUGCCUUUGCGCAAAAGGAGAUUCUACUUCGUCAUCUAAUGACUCAUUCUGGGCAAAAACCAUUCCAAUGUCAGCACUGCGAGAAGAGCUUCACUCAACGCGAAGCGUUGAAAGUCCAUAUGCGAAGACAUCAGAAAUUGGACCCGAAUGACAUUCAGUUGCAUCAUUGUCAACUUUGUCCAAAAGCAUUUUGCCAUGCUUCGGGGCUUAGCAGACAUUUAGUUACACACACUGGGAGAACGUACAAAUGCGUGGAGUGUGAGAAAUCUUUCACGGAUAAAAGUUCGUUGCUGAGGCAUAGUCGUAUUCACGCGCCUAAAAAACAAAUCUUAACAAAUUAGAUUUAAGCGACGAUUGAAAAUCGCGAUAACAGUAUCACCCGACGUUAAAUUAAAAAUCACAGAUUACAUUUUUUGAACGAAUUAGUUCUAAGUCAUAGAUUUUUUUUUUCUAUUUUUUAGUGAUAUAGUUUACAUAAAUAUGCAAUAUGUAAAUGAUAAUCAUAGUAAACUCUUGCUUCAUUGCCGGUAGAGCAAAUUCCCCAUUACGCCCUUUCUAUAUUGUCAAUUCCAAGAAUUUUUCCUCCUGCAUCCCCCCUACCGGCAAUAUAACGAGAGUUUACCGUACACACGAACAGUUUAUUCAAUAAUUUGAAACAUAUCUAAAGUAUUUUAUGUUAUAUAUCUUUGAUUUCAAUUUCCAGCACAAAACAUCACAACAUAUUUGAUACUAUCAUUCUACAUUUUCAUUCUGUUCAAAUUGUAUAUAAAAUUCAGCAAAAUUAUAUUUGCAUCCUGCAAUUAGAUUUGUUUAUGCGUCUAGUUCGAUGUGUAAAUAUAUUAUACGAUGUUACAUGAUUCGGUAACCUUACGUUUUAUUGAAAUUAGAAAGUAGCGAUAAUGUUCUUCAAACAUAUAUUUUUUUUU